UCUCUACCCAAACGACAGAUCCGACAUGGAGGAAGCUGCUAUGGCCAGCAGUGCUGAUGUCCCUGAGCCGGAGUCUCUGCGCUCCUGUGUGAGCACAGCUAGCAUGAAGGUCAAGAACAUCAAAAAGCUGUCCUUCCCUAAAGGCCACUUCCCCCGUCUGGCAGAAUGUGCUCAUUUCCACUAUGAGAAUGUGGACUUCGGCUCCGUGCAGUUAUCCCUGGCUGAGGAGCAGUGUGAACCUCCCAAUGUGUCAGCUGACUCUAAGGACCUGGUCUUCCUCGUGCAGAUCUGCUGUCAGGGCCUGAGCUGGCUCCUGAGGCGCUCCUAUGAGGACUUCCGUGUUCUGGACAAGCACCUCCACCUGUGCAUAUAUGACCGACGCUUCUCACAGCUCUCGGAGCUGCCCCGCUACGAGCACCUCAAGGACAAGACUGAGACUCUUCCCCAGAUGUUGACGGCAUACCUCACCCGUCUGUCGGCCAUCGCUGACAACAAGAUCAACUGCGGCCCAGCGCUCACAUGGAUGGAGAUCGACAACAAGGGGAACCACCUGCUGGUGCACGACGAGUCCUCCAUCAACGUGCCCGCCAUCGCCGCCGCACACGUCGUCAAGCGCUACAUCGCCCAGGCCGCCGAUGAGUUGUCCUUUGAGGUUGGGGAUAUUGUGUCUGUGAUUGACAUGCCUCCCAAAGAGGACACUGGCUGGUGGAGAGGGAAGCACGGAUUUCAGGUUGGCUUCUUCCCCUGCGACUGUGUGGAGCUGAUAAGUGAAAAAAUCCCUGCCUCUGUUACCACGGUGAUGACCAAACCAGUCUCUAAGAAGCACGGGAAGUUGAUCACGUUCCUGCGCAGCUUCAUGAAGUCGCGGCCCAGCAAGCAGAAGCUCAAGCAGAGGGGCAUCUUCAGAGAGCGCGUGUUUGGGUGCGACCUCGGGGAGCAUCUACUCAACUCUGCACACGAUGUUCCUCAGGUGAUCCAGAGCUGCACUGAGUUCAUAGAGAAGCACGGGGUGGUGGACGGCAUCUACCGCCUUUCCGGCAUCGCCUCCAAUAUCCAGAAACUCAGGCAUGACUUUGACUCGGAGCAUGUGCCGGACCUGACCAAGGACAUCUACAUUCAGGACAUCCACUCGGUGGGCUCGCUGUGCAAGCUCUACUUCCGGGAGCUGCCCAACCCCCUGCUCACCUACCAGCUCUACGAGAAAUUCUCCGAUGCGGUGUCUGCAGCCACGGACGAGGAGAGGCUGGUGAAGAUCCAUGACGUCAUCCAGCAGCUGCCUCCGCCGCACUACAGGACUCUGGAGUUCCUUAUGAGACACCUGGCCCGCCUGGCCGCGUUCAGCUACAUCACCAACAUGCACAGCAAGAACCUGGCCAUCGUCUGGGCCCCCAACCUGCUCAGGUCGAGGCAGAUUGAGUCGGCAUGUUUCAGUGGUACGUCGGCGUUCAUGGAGGUGCGGAUCCAGUCAGUGGUGGUGGAGUUCAUUCUGAACCACGUGGAGGUCCUCUUCAGCUCCAAACUCAACUCCCUCAUCAGGGAGGGAUCAGGCCACGGCACACUGGCGCGGCCCAAGUCUCUGCUGGUGUGCUCCCCGUCCACCAAGCUGCUGUCUCUGGAGGAGGCCCAAGCCCGCAUCUCCCCCAGCAGCCCCCACGGCCAGUACAUCGAGGUGGGGGAGGGGCCCAGCGCCCUGCAGGGCAAGUUCCACACGGUCAUCGACUUCCCCACCGACAGGAAGAAGGCUUCGGUGAAGUCGAAGAAGUCUCCGGUGGGCGGCUGGAGGAACUUCUUCCAUCUGGGCCGCUCGUCUUCCACGGCCGCCAAGCGCAAGUUGCACCGCCAUCCCAGCGAGCCCAACCAGAUCAAGACCAUGGCACUGCCAGGCGGGCGAGGUGACUCCGGAACCCUCCGCUCUGCUAAGAGCGAAGAGUCUCUCUCCUCUCACAACUUUGAUGCCGGCGACUCGAAGCUGUCGCGUCCGCGGCGGCCGCUGUCCAUCAGCGAGGCGCUGUCCACUUCCUUCAACGAGGAGCUGCUGGAGAGCCACGCCGCGCGCUCUGCCCACGCGCUGCCCGGCCCGGGCACCAAAGCCGCCACGUCCGCCACGUCCUGCGUGCCCGCGCUCAUCUCGCCCCCUCGUCACGGCGACGACCUCCGAACCCUCAACUCCGGCCUGGGCUGUCUGGACUUUGACCCCAUGGCGUUCCAGUGCAGCGGGCCGCCAGCGCCGCUGCCGGCUGACCCCGGAGCGAGACCCGAGGGCAGGAAGCAUGGCAGCAAGCGGGGCAGGAGUCACGGCAACGGGGCGGCCGACGCCCAGGCCAGCCUCUCGCCCUCGGACAACCCCUCGGCCGCGGCGGCGGCGGCAGUGUCGGUCAUCUCGCUGCGCUCACCGACCGGCAGCCCUGCGCCUGCACCGCUCCGACUCGAGGAGGAGCUGAGGGAGGUGGAGGAGGUGGAAGAGGAGGAGGAGGAAGAAGAGGAGGAGGAGGAGGAGGUGGAGGAGGAAGAAGAGGAGGAGGUGGCUCUCAACUUCCCCUCCACCACCUCCUCCGCUGCUGCUGCUGCUGCUGCUGUCGUCGCUGCUGUUGCAGCUGCUGUUCCCGAGGAGGACCCAGCCGCCUGGGCCGAACCGCGGGUCAGAACCGAGUCCCGGUCCGUGGGCCGCACGGCGCCGGUGGCCGUCGCGGACUCGGUGUCUUCCACGCCCCUGACGUCUUCCCCGUCCAUGCGCAGCGAGCCUCUGCCCAGCGAGGCCAGCGCCGGGCCCAACCGCGCCGGGUCCAAACGCAGCGGGUCCUGCAGCGCCGACUGCAGAGCGGCCGCCAUGGAACCCAAACAGAACCGGCCCGACCCAGGCUCCCUGACACUGGACUGCACCCCUGGGCUGGUGAGCACCGACUCCCUGAUCUCCCCUCAGCCCCCGGGGAAGAACGCCGCCCGCAUGCUGGCCCUGGCACUGGCCGAGUCUGCCCAGCAGGUGGCGCUCCACUCCCAGAGAGGAGGAGGAGGAGGAGGAGGAGGAGGAGCGCCCCCACCACAGCCCCAGAGCCCCUCGUCCCCCAGCCCCAAACUGCCCCUCCUGAGCCCCGUCGGGCUCUACUCGCCCCCCCAGGGCAACACAGCCUCGCCCGACCCCAGCGAGCUUCCGCCAACCUCACUCUCACAUUCCCGCUCGGCCGGAGUCAACGUGGUGGACGGUGGCGCUCCGAGAGUGCCGGGCGGUCCGAGCGUGGGUCAGGAGAGGGUACCGAACGUGGCGAAGGGUGCCCGCGUGUGCGGUGCCUGUGGCGGCGAGGAGAGAGAGCCGGGGCCAAGAGGGAUGCCCUCCCCCGCCCCCCGACUGUGCCACUGCGGCAUCCCUACGGCUGCUGCUGCCCAGGAGAGACCCACAGCGGGCAACGCCGCCAGCCUGGCACAGGAGCCGGCCGAGGGCGCACGGGGAGGGUACCCCGGAGGGGAGGAGCCGGAACGGGGCAGCCCCAAACCCCUCCACCCUCCUCAUCAUCACCAACACCACCCCCAGCAACACCACUCGCAACACCACCCGCAGUACCACCCGCAAUACCACCCGCAACACCACCCGCAACACCACCCCCAGCCCAAACCCGUGCCCCCGACACCCCCCCGCCGUACGGCCGAGAGCCGCCUGGCCACCGCUGCCCUCCAGAGCCAGACCCGCGAGGCGGUCAACGCCUCCAACUUCCGCACGGUGCUGGCCGAGGCCUCGGCGCCGGCGUCGGUCAAAGAGGCGUUCCCGCCGCCGCACCCCUCCCUCCUGCGCUCGCCCGGCUCCUCCUACCCGCUGAGCCCCGAGGAGGACCCCUACGGGCACACGCAGACGCACGCGCGCCCCUCGGGACGCCACCGCAGGUGCCCGCCGCCCUUCCCCACCCAGCCCGAGAGCCUGCCGCCGCACCUCGGGGCGGGGCACAAGGUGCACGCCAAGACGACGACGUUGUCGUCGUCGUACGAGGGUCACUACGGGACGCUUGGCCCCCGGUCGCUGCACCAGUCCAUCAAGUACAAGGAGCACUACCGGGACGAGCACCCGUCCACCACGCAUCACUUCCGCCGCUCGGGUCAGUGGUACGCCCCGCUCGAGGGGGCGCUGGUGUACCCCACCAUCCGCCGGGUGCGCUCGCUCCACGCGCCGCCCGAGGACCGGCCCUUCUUCUUCCAGAACAAUCCGUACGCGUCGCGGAAGGCCCACACCGAGAUCCACCAGGUGCAGCCCUACUUCGAGAACGGCAAGGUGCAGUACCGCUACAACCCGUACUCGGACUCGCCCUACGGGGGGGACCUGGACGGGCACAGGGGGCGCCAGUACGGCCACGGGCACGGCCACGCCUACACUCUCCGCCGCGUGCCCGCUCCGGCGCCCGCCCCCGUGCCUCCGGCGCCCCCGUCGAAGAUGACCUGCGCCCCCCGAGGGUGCUACCCCAACCCGCUCAGCCACGUCAUCCCGGAGAAGGACUACGGCUUCCAGAGCCACGAGGGCUGCUACUUCCCCCGGGCGGACGACGCCUCGCUGCCGCCCGUCUGGACCUCGGAGCCCCCCGACCGCCACUUCCACCAGGCCACGCUGCGCAGGGACAGCCGGAGCAAGAGGAAGCCGCACGGCGGCACGACCGGUCAGCAGCAACAACAGCAGCAGCAGCUGCUGCAGCAGCACUACGUGGGGGUCAGUCCGGUGCGCGCCAGGCCCGAGACCAGCCGGCGGGAAAGCCGGCACGUGAGGCACCGCUCGGACUCCGGCAGGGACCUGCUCAUCUCCACGGAGGAGCCCGGCGGCCAUUUUAAAGUCACCAUGGUGUCCCAGAGCUCGCCGGAGCAGCUGUUCUCCGAGGGAGAGCCGUCGUCGUCGUCCCACGCGGAACAACAGCAGCAGCAGCAGCAGCAGCAGCAGCGGCGGAAGACGGAGCUGGGGGCCAGAGAGGCGCUGAUGCUCAAACAGAACAGCGCCCCCUACAGGAACGUGCCGCAGGAGAGCCGGCCUCUGCCCCCGCACCUCUCCCUCCACAAGGAGUACAGCUGCCCCGACUUCAAGCACACCGACAGCGGCGGCGGCGGCGGCGGCGGAGGAGGUGGCGGUCACUCUCGUGAGCCCGAGCGCGCUCUGUACCGGACCCUGAGCAGCCGGUACCCGGAGGAGGAGUUGUUCUACUACAACCCGCGAGCGGGGGCCCGCGGCGGGGUCAGACCGGAGCGCUCGCAGAGCAUCAAAGGGCACCUGCCCUCCGAGCGCGAGCGGGACCGGGACCGCGAGCGCGCCAAGAUGGAGGCCGAGCCCUGGGCCGCCCACUACCACCAGCCCAAGGUGCGCAGCCACAGCUUCGUGGCGUCCCGGUACGACACCAUGGAGGGGUACGUGCCCGUCCCCUCGGCCCAGCCCCGCACCCCCAAACCGGGGCCCUUCCCCAGCCACGGCUGCAUGCCUCCCAGCAGCCACAGACUCUACUCCACCGCCCUGGGCCAGGGGGGGUUUCAGGGGCAGGUGAGGCCAGAGGCAGAGGUCUACGUGGAGUGA